CUUUAAACAGAAAGUAACACUUCCCAGUUGCAACAGAAAAUAUUCGUCGGUGGCUUAGAGUUGCAUUUUAUGAUAGCCGUGUUCUGUUCAGUUUGAAAAGAUGCUAUUUGCUGACAAUGAGUGAAUCAUCCACUAGGAAACUUCGACAAUCGACUUUGCAGUUUAAACCAACACCAAUUUCACCAAAGAAAAGGAAGAUGGAUGGGGCAAACCAAGAAAAGGAAGAGAAGAGACAGAAGGCUGCUGAUGCUGCAGAUCGUAGAGCAGCAAAAAAAUGCUGCAGCUUCUCCACAGGAAAGUGAUGUAAAGAUCCCUCAAACAUCAAAGUACUUUGACAAUAAGGAAGCAGAAGAAUCAAAACAAAAGAAAGAAACCGAACCCACUGAAGAGAAAGCUAGUGAAGUAAAUCCUGAAGCAGAUGGGAGUUCGGUGGAUCCCCCAAAGGAGAAGUCUGAUGCGGAUGCACCGACCCAGCAGUAUGAGAUGUCCCCUGGAGAACCAGGAGACUCCCAGAAAACAGAAGCUUCUGAAGACUCCCUGGAUGGAGUGAUGGAAAUUGAUAUCCCAAACAAGAAACCCAGCAUGUUGCAGCGAGAGAGUAGUUGGAGGGGCAUUAAGCUGACAGACCUGAAGACAACCCCAAACUGUUUAGGAUUGGUGAAACCUCUGAACAGGAAAGACCAUACAGUGCUUAUCAAACUGCCAUAUCAGUUCUCUGACCAAGAUACGCAACCUCCGUCACCCUAUCCUGCAAGCUUCAUGGACAAAUGGGAUCAGGAUCAUGUGCGUAUGCCUUGUUCGCCGCAGAAUGAAUACCCUGUUGAAACCAAGACAGCGAAAACAACACUUCGUCAACGCUGGGGUCUCAUUGAAGAAGCUUUGUCAGGAAAAAUCAGUGGCCCUUUUGAAUUGGAGGAUGCUAUCUUAACAUACAACCAGAGGUAUUCCAAGAAGUGGGAUUUCUCAUCUUUGAAGCAGUACUUUCUAGACUAUUUGAGGAGAGAAGAGCGUAAUGACUUCUUUUCCGACACUCUUCCCAAGAUGAUAAAGCUAGCAUUACAACUGCCUUUGCUGUGCACAACUCCUAUUCCACUACUGAAGCAGGGCAAGCCACACUCUAUAACCUUGAGUCAACAACAAAUAGCUUGUCUCCUUGCCAACGCCUUCUUCUGUACGUUUCCUCGCCGGAAUACAAGACAGCACGCAGAGUACUCAAAUUAUCCGGAGAUCAACUUCAAUGUAUUGUUCCAGGGCCACCCAAGUCGGAGGAAAAUGGAGAAAUUACGAUGUAUAACCCACUACUUUAAACGAGUAACAGACAAAAUGCCCCUUGGUACAGUCACAUUCCAUAGGAAAGUCAUUGCUCCUGGAAGAUUUCCCAAGUGGGAGGAUCUUGGAACACAAUUUAGCAAUCUGCAUGUGUCUUCAGCUGGGACCAUAGAGGAUGAUGGGAAGGGGAUGUUACAGGUGGAUUUUGCCAACAAGUACAUUGGGGGUGGAGUCCUGGGGAUGGGGGCGGUACAGGAGGAGAUCCGCUUCCUCAUCUGCCCUGAGAUGAUCAUCACACGACUUUUCACAGAAGUGCUGGAUAAGAAUGAGAGUCUUAUCAUGCUAGGCUGUGAACAGUUCAGUAAGUACGAGGGUUAUGCAGACACUUUCGCCUGGGAUGGAGACUUCCAGGAUAAAACUGACAGGGAUGUGAAUGGUCGUCUGCAUACUGAGGUGGUUGGUAUAGAUGCAUUGGUCAUCCGAGACUACAAGAAACAGUUCCAGAAGUGGUGUGUGCAGAGAGAACUCAACAAGGCGUACGUGGGCUUCCACUGUGGGGAGGAGUCUGCCAUGCACCUGCCCGCGGUCUGUACUGGCAAUUGGGGAUGUGGUGCCUUCGGUGGGGACAAGAGGCUGAAAGCUCUCAUCCAGAUGAUUGCUGCGUCUGCUGCCAAGCGGGACGUCUGCUACUUCACGUUUGAUGACGAUGAGCUGACAGACCAGCUCUACAAGAUACAUGCCUUCAUCCAGAAGGAAAAUGGGUUAGAAGUUGGCAAUGUGAUGCAACUCAUUGACCAGUACAGCAGGAACGUUGUUCAGAAGACAUGGUGGGGCGCCAAGCCCAAAAAGAACCUGUUUGAGUACAUUGUGGCAGCAUUUGAAGGCACCCUUGAUUCAGACACUACAGGGGAUGACUUCAGCGAAGGAAGUGUGGAAGCACAUGCUGACUUGAACGACAGUAACAACGGCAAAGACGAAGAUAUGGAGGUUGAUAACAAGAUGGAUGACAAGCAUAAUGAGCCUGAUUACAAGGCAAAUACACCUUGAGAGACUGCCAUCAAAUGUUGGCCAGGAGCAAUGAAGCUGUGAUAAACAUGAACUUGUGAAGACAUAUGUCAUAAUCUCUCAUAGUUCUGUCGACCAUCUUUGUCCAACACUGAAUAUGUUGAAGACUCUGUUGCUGAGUGCUUGUGGCUGUCUGUCAAAUUUAUUAACCGUCACUUAAGAAGUCUAGGCAGUGUGUGAAAUUUAUACCAAUCAAGUAAGGGGUGUGCUUAAAAAUAUCAGUGUCAAAGCUCAGUGGACAGUUGGGAAUAGCAUUAGCCAUUGGUUAACAAGCAGGUAGCUAUUAAACAAGAGGGGUAACUGGCUGAAAAUCCCUUUCCAGCCUUGACUGGAAUUUUUACCUUGACUCCCACUUAGAGACUGUGUCUUCAUUACACUUAUAAUGUAUUACAGUUUUAUACAUCAAACAUGAAUAAUUAUAACCACCAAAGUUAACCCAUCCCAACCCCAGCCCCUCAAUCAACUCCCUACUACUGUUUUGAUUACACCCUACAUAGAGUUUGACUUGAUUAAUUACCACACCCACAGCUACAUCCACACCCUCAUCAAACCCACACCCAUUCCUAUACCCACACUCACAUUCACACCCUCACACCAUACCCACACCCACAUUCACACCCACACCCUCAUACCCACACCCAUAAACCCAUACCUGCACUGAUACCCACACCAGUACCCCCCUCCCCUCACAUAUACAAACAAUCAUACCUGCACCGACACUCACACAUACCACCCACCCCCCACCCUGACCCACAAUCACACUCGCUCACCCACAGUCUCACACCCACACCCAGAUCUACAUCCACACCCACACCCCACCUUGACCAACAUUAACACACCCACAUUCACCCCCACACCCUCAUACCCACACCCAUAAACCCAUCCAUGCACUGAUAACCACACCAGUACCCCCCUUCCCUCACAAAUACAAACAAUCAUACCUGCACCGACACUCACACACACCAUACACCCCCCACCCUGACCCACAAUCACACUCCCUCACCCACACUCUCACACCCAGAUCCACAUCCACACCCUCACCCACACA